GAGUCGACAUACGGCACUGCUACGUCACAAACAUUGCUCAGCAGAAGAGCUGCUGCACGAACUAUAUGGCUGGCUGCAGAUGUGGAGCCCGGGAUUAACCGACAACACACAGACUGAUGGAAAACACACUGCAUCAUGAAAGAGAUUGACACUGUGGGAGGUGAGAGAGAUGAAAAUGGUGAAGAAAAUGAAGAGGAGGCUCCAAUGAGGCGUAGCUUCUCGGUGGAAGACCUCCUCGAUGAGGUGGAGAAGAUCUGUUACGAUGCCUCGGGGACAUCAAAGGUGGAGAUGGUGGUGAGGCUAUGGAAGGAUGGCUUCAGUGUAAACGACGAGGAGUUUCGCUGCUACUCCAUACCAAAGAAUCAAGACUUCCUGGAUUCCAUCAAACGGGGGGAGCUUCCGGCAGAGUGGGAGAGCAGAGCAGAGGAGGAGGAGCUGGAGAUCAGUGUGGAGGAUCUGACGGAGGAAAAUUAUGUCCCCAGGAAAAAGGCCUUUCACCCCUUCAGCGGCAGAGGGUACCGACUUGGCAGCGUUGCACCCAGAGUAGUGGCCAGGUCACCAUCUGUGCAAGAGGAUGGAGAAUCUCCUCCUAUUCCCAUGGUAACACUAGACCACGCCCUUCCUGUUACCUCCCUUCAGAUCUGGUUGGCUGACGGCAGGAGAUUGGUGCAGAGGUUUAACCUAUCGCAUCGGAUCAGUGAUGUUCAAGAUUUCGUGGCACGCUGCCAGAGAAGCUGCCCACCUUUCGUCCUGACGACAUCAGUUCCUUUCCGGGAACUCAGCGACAAAGGAUUGAGUCUCGAAGAGGCCGAUUUGGCCAACGCCGUCAUCGUCCAGAGACCCCUGAACACACAGGCUCCGUUUGGACACUUCUGAAUAAAAGGGCCCCCGUAAUUCCAACAACACAACCACUUACCCCCUGACACCUCACCAUGACCCUGAUUGCAGUCUCAAGGCCUCCUUUAUCUUAUAAUAUAUCUCUAUUCUGCAGUCUGUGCUGCUUUUGAUGAUUGUUAUACAGUAUAUUCUUCUCCGUGUGGGAUAACCUAAUGUAGAUAUUAUCAGUUCUUCACCAUCACAGGUGCUAAAGUACUGUUGUCAAUGCUUACUUUGUGUUCUCCCUCUGGAGGACAGUGUUUACCUGCCAACAGAUCUCCCAAAACCCCCAAACUCCUGAAAAGCAAAGCAAUCCUGUCGCCCGUGCAGAUGGUCAACCAUGUGUGUCCAUCUGUUGGUUCCUCCUUCCUUCCUUCACACACACACAUGCACAACACCACCACCAGCACCACCAACCAACUCUCUAAAGUCUUCCCAAACUGUGAUCACCAGUUUUUCUGCACUAUUUAAAAAAAUGAAGGGGCUGAUAUUUCAAUUUGUAUCUCCGAGCUUAGCAUUAUAUUUAACGUAUGAUGUUUUGUUUGCACAUUAUUAUUGCUAUUAAAAAGGGAAAAUAUGACAGCUUGUUAUUUGUGUUGGCCUCCGGUAUGUUGAGGUCUAUGAAAUGUUAUGCCAUUUGUUCUCGCGGGGGAGAUUUAAUUCAGAAUGUACAAUGUAUUGUUUUAUUUGACUGCAUCCUUUAAAGACAUAUCAAUGAACAAUAAAAAUCCUCCUCAAAGUUC